GAGAGGCAGCGGCGCUGGUGCUGGUGGCCGUGCUGUGGGGCAGCACCGGGCCGUUCCUGCGGACGGGCGCAGCGGGGCUGGAGAAGGUGCAGUGCCAGGGCCGCCUGCAGCAGCUGCUGGCAGAGAUCCGCUUCCUGGGCCUCAACUACAAGUACAUGGUGCCGUUUCUGCUCAAUCAAGGUGGAUCUCUCCUCUUCUAUGUCACCCUGGCAUCCGCAGACCUGUCCCUGGCAGUACCACUCUGUAACUCCUUGGCUUUGAUAGUAACCCUGGUGACUGGGAGGAUUCUGGGAGAGGACAUUGGUGGUAAAAGGGCUGUGGCAGGGAUGCUGCUCACUGUCCUAGGAGUCACGCUCUGCAUAGCUGGUUCCUGA